AUGCAAGAUCCCUCGAUCACAGCAUGGAAUACGCCCAUGCCCAUCCCCGCAACGAUUGAUCUCCACCGCGCGCAGCAGGCACACACGCGCAAAUUCCUCGAGGAGAACGCCUGGCUCAACGUCCUCCCCAUCUCUGCAAGCGACCUCCACGCUCUCCGUAGCAUCCAAGGCCUCUACGAGGUUCGCAUCGACAAGUGCCCAUGGCUAGGCGCUAGUCUCCGCCUCUGGCUGCUAUGGGACUACGAUCGGCUCUGGGGGAGUUUUACAUUCAGGCCCCUCGAGGGCGUCUUCCUGGUCGAUCCAGCCUUUACGAUCCAGCAGUGUGACCCGGCCACCGGCUUUAGUCCAUCGUUGCCGGUUGAAUGGAUGGGCUGGGCCGAGGAUGAUGGCUGGGGUCGGGAGGAGACCAGCUGUAUCCCUAGCGAGAUGUGGAUCAACCCCUGGACAAAGACACUCGAGGGUGAGUUUGGGUUCAUGUAG